AUGUCAUCUGAAUCUUUCCAAACUAACCUGGAGCCGAAGAUUCUUCGCAGUAAUCGCAUCAUGUCAUCCUCGGAAUCUUCCGAGUCUUCCAACGAACAGCAGAGACUUCGUCGCAGUAAUCGGCUCAAGCAGACACUGAAGAGAAAACGUCGACUGACCGAGGAGCAACCGACUGAUAAGAAGAAAAUCAAACGAAUGAGAACCCGAUAUAACUGGCAGAUGUCUGAAGGUAUAUCCAACAGGCUGGAGGACCUGGAGUUGGAGUACCUGGAGAAACAGCAGGAGCUAUGUAGGUUAUUGGAGUCUGCAUCAGAGGAGUUCUUAAUGAUGCAGCAGGAAAAUGGAAAUGGACAGGGAUACCCCCUUUGUGUCUGCACAGAAUUCAAUGGGCAACUCUUCAAGCUGUACGAUCUGCCCAAAGAUGUGGAAUCUCAUAUUCCAAAAAAGAGCAGACCAAGGUGUAAAAAAGGACGACGCGCAAAUUAACAAAA